AUGGCCACCGCAUACAGAUCUGCAUACCAGGAGGACUCUGACGCCGACGAUGAGUACGAACGCAGCGUCAUAACCUCGCCCACCCUGCCGCCCGACCACGAGCUUAGCCCAACCGACUCCGAGCCGCCGUCCGCAGAACACACCCCGACCACUUUUACUCGCUCGGCGGACAGCUAUGCGAGCCCCAAGGGCAUCAUAAACACCUGGACCCCGGAGCAGGUUGCGGAUUGGAUAUUGAACCUGGGGCUGGGACAGUAUGCGAGGACGUUUUUGGAGGAAAAUGUGGACGGCGAAGCGCUCAUUGCGUUGCAGCAUGCGGAAUUGAAGGAGAUGGGCAUCAACAGCGUUGGCCACCGUCUCACUGUUUUGAAGAGCGUUUACGACGUCAAGGCCAAGCAAAAUGUGCCCAUAGAACCUGACCAUUACGUCCCUCUCUCUGCCGAGACCACUGCCCAGGAGACCGCACCUACACAGGACGACUUUGCGCGCAUUAUACAAAUUAUCAGGGACCGUGACGAGCGAAUGCACAUCGCCGAAGCCGAACUUCGGGCAUUGAAGGAGGAUCUUAACCGCAUGGCCGAGGAGAACAGGAAGCUGCGCGAGGACGUGCUUCCAGUGGUGCGGGAAGCUAAGAACCGAUCACAACCGCUGCCGACACCGGAUGGUCAAGAACGGGAGCAUAUCACGUCUCCACCGACGCAAGAACGCGCAGGCAGCAGUCUCUCGCGCAAGUUCUCGACGAAGAAGCUAUUUCUGGGGUCGGCACCGAAGAACCCAUCUCCAACAAUCCACGAAGGCCGAACGUUGACCGACACGUCGAAUCUCGAUCCUUCGGCUGCGGCAAUGGCUGCGUCGAACCACCUGACGGCGACUAUAAGCGGUGGACCGCAUUCCGGUCCUCAAUCCGCGUCAUCGCCCCACCAGCAUCCCCAGCCUUCUCCCACGUCUCCCGCAUAUAGCACACAUCAAAUCGGAACCCGCUCUCGCUCUCACACCAACGACGACCGCAACUCGGCAUACUACGACCGCGACGCUGCGCGUGGCGCUACGCCUGCGCCUUCGCAUCGGGACCGCGACAGAGAUCGGGAUCGGGACCCUCCGUUGUCCGCCGGCCGCAAUGCCGAAACAGCGUCCAUUGCCCCUUCAACAGCUGGAACUACAAGAGGAGGCGAUUCUUCAAACCCGCAAGUGGAAAUUUUCAAAUCCUUCCGAGUCAGCAUCGACGAUCCGUGCCACAAAGUGCUCCCUGUUGCACUCAAGAAAUACGGUAUUACCGCGGAUUGGCGGCAAUAUGCGUUGUAUAUUGUGCAUGGCGAUCAAGAACGUUGUUUGGGUCUAAACGAGAAACCGCUUAUUUUAUUCAAGCAGUUGGACCGGGAAGGCCGGAAGCCCAUGUUCAUGCUGAGAAAACACGCGGCCCCGGUAGAAGGACACAGCAGUACAAUCAACCCCGGGGGCGGGGGCACGUAUCCGGGCCAAAGCGGGCAGACGCUGGUUCCUGGAGGUGUACUAUGA